AACGAAAUGAUUUAAAUUUUCUUUUCUUAACAAAACAUCGAAUGAUAUAUUACAGGAUAAUAUCGAAUUUAUAUUUUGGUUGGUUAUGCGUUUAAAUAAUGUCCAACUUUGCGUGCUAAUAAAUUACCACCACCAUCGCCGUUACCAAUUACCAUCACCAAGCAACAAUCAUCUCUUCCAGUCCACACACCGACCAUCUACAACCACCACGCACCACCUUCUGACCUACAUACAACUACUUUACAAUCAAUCACACACACACACACCCAAACUUUACAGGGAUACACCACACAAUUCUCCUACAGGAACUCCCAAAAAUGGCCAACUUGUAUGUCCAAGCGGUGCCGCCGACGGAUCUCAACAGAAAUACCGAGUGGUUCAUGUACCCCGGCGUUUGGACCACCUACAUACUCAUCCUAUUCUUUGCUUGGCUCGUCGUUCUCUCCGUCUCCGGUUGUUCUCCUGGCAUGGCCUGGACCACUGUUAAUCUCUGUCACGCUCUGGUUACAUAUCACUUCUUUCACUGGAAGAAAGGAACACCUUUUGCUGAUGACCAAGGUAUCUACAACAGGUUGACAUGGUGGGAGCAAAUUGAUAGUGGCAAGCAGCUCACUCGCAACAGGAAGUUUCUUACUGUUGUGCCUGUAGUGCUAUACUUGAUAGCAUCACACACAACCGAUUAUCAGAACCCAAUGCUGUUCUUGAACACAAUAGCAGUUUUUGUGUUGGUGAUUGCCAAAUUCCCACAUAUGCAUAAAGUCAGGAUUUUUGGAAUCAAUGCUGAAGAGUGAAUCAUGUUAUCUUUUAAAAAAAAAGGAUACUAGUUCAGUUCUAUCCGUGG